UGUAUGCGAGAAGUGUCUGUAUAAAGUUUUAACCUACGGAAAUUUGCACCGCAUUAAUUCUUCGCGUUUCGAACAGUACGGAUCUCAGAGAAUAUUCUUCGGACUUUGUGAUUUUUUUGUAGUAAUAAAACGUACGUGUGGUUUCAGGCUGUGUGCGAUUAAGUGAUAUCAGGACCUUCAGUAGUGCUUGUCUACCAGUACAAAAAUGAAAUAUCUAGGUGCAUUACUAGGAGUUCUCGUUUUAGCCGUCGCUGCGAGAGCAGAAUUCGGUUACUACAUUCCGAAGGCGUUCUACAAAAUCGACGAAAAUGGUUACCGAUCGCCACUGACCUACAUCGAUAACCUACCGCCUAUGUUCCACCGCACAAGGAGGGCCGCACAAUUGGGAGGAGUAAACUUCGGAUUCCCGAUUCAGUUCCCGCAAUUCCCGCAGAUACCCACAAACGGUCAAAGUACAUUCCAAGGUGUACAGACGUCUAUCACCAGCACUGGGGGUGGCAGUAAUUUACACAACCGCUUCGACGAGGAUGGUCCGGCGGUGCAGACGACGUUCACCUCCUUCAGUAGCAACAAUGGUCAGAUCUCGCAGACUACGCACAUUGUGGACAAGGACGGCAAGGUGACGACUCACAAGCAAGAAUCUGGUCCGUCCAAUCAGCAGUCCACGCAGCAGCAACAGCAAAAUCAACAGUCGGUUCCAUCCCAGAAAAACAGAAACUGAAGAGCGAAAAAACCGGCUCCAGUUAGAAAGCUGAGCCAUUAGCAGCUAGGCUAGGGGAACAAAGUUUCAUAAGACAAGAAAACAACGAACGAUAAAUUUUUAACACCAUCCACAAACUAUUUCAGUGUGCCGCUUAACCCAGGGAAAAUCACCUAUCCCGGAUGUUUCACUGGUCCAGUGGUUCAAAAGUCUCAGUAAUUAAUUUGUCCCAGCUAAACAAUUUCAGCUCCGCUUAGGACGUCAUUAAUGAAUGCGAAAAUAUAUCGGCGCCCGAGUUUUUUUUACUCGGUAAUGUAAGGAAAUCAAGACGACUGGAUACGGAACGCAGGAAAUGACCGACAGUGUAAAAUUAUAUUCGCGCUCUCAAAUUACCGAUGUAUGUGAAAAAACGACGAAAGCGGACUCAGUCUACUAUUUUUUUCUUUCGGUGUCACAGUCAGCAGCAGCAGCAGCAGCUAUAACAUAUAAAACUAAUCAAAAUGAACCGAACCGAACUGGGAUACAUUAUCCAUCAGCCACAAAAAUGGAGAAAACUAAACGACGGAAUUUCCGUUGCUAAUUUAUUGUGUGUGUACUGAUUCGUAAUUUAAAAUGCCAAUUUAAGUUAAUGCUUAGUGUAGUGUUGAAGAAAGAAAUGCCUUGGAAUAAAAAUAGUGAAGUACAACAGAAAAAAA